AUGGAUCCGGAGUCGGACGAUAAUGUUCCUAUCGAGGCGGAGGAGCUUGAAGAUGCCAUUACGAGGCCUCCGCCGGUGAACAGUAGCUAUCUACCUUUGCCCUGGAAAGGGCGAUUGGGCUAUGCAUGCUUGAAUACGUACCUACGGUUCGCGAAUCCUCCCGUCUUCUGCUCCCGGACAUGCCGCAUUGCUUCGAUUUUGGAUAAUCGACAUCCACUCACAGACCCUUCCCAACCGCCCCAUCCGGUUAAAAAUCGUCCGGACAAGAGCCAGCCUGCUGAUGUGGCCCGAGGCCAGACAUACGUGGAGACAUUGGGACUCACCAAUGCUCGGGACAUCGCAAAGAUGAUCCGUUGGAACGACUUCUAUGGCAUCAAGUUUAUGCGCCUGAGUAGCGAGAUGUUCCCCUUUGCAAGCCACAAAGAGUAUGGAUAUAAGCUGGCUCCUUUUGCUUCUGAAGUGUUGGCAGAAGCAGGCCGGGUGAUUGCUGAACUCGGUCAUCGGGUGUCCGUCCAUCCCGGUCAAUUCACCCAGUUGGGCUCCCCCAAAACAGAGGUGGUCGAAAGUUCGUAUCGCGACUUGGAGUAUCACUCUGAAUUGUUACAGCUUCUCAAGUUGCCCCCUCAGCAAGACCGCGAUGCUGUCAUGAUCCUCCACAUGGGUGGUGUCUUUGGGGACAAAGAGGCGACCUUGGAUCGAUUUCGGGAAAACUAUAAAAAACUUUCACAAGAUGUAAAGAACCGGCUUGUGUUGGAAAAUGACGAUGUCAGUUGGUCGGUUCAUGAUUUAUUACCAAUCUGUGACGAGUUGAAUAUCCCUCUUGUGCUUGACUACCAUCAUCAUAACAUCAUUUUCGACGAGAGCCAAGUACGUGAAGGAACAUUGGACAUCAUGAGUCUCUAUGACCGGAUCAAGGCAACGUGGACACGGAAGAAUAUCACACAAAAGAUGCAUUAUUCGGAGCCUACAGCAGCCGCCGUUACUAAACGCCAGCGACGGAAGCACAGCGAACGAGUUUCCACUCUUCCCCCGUGUGAUCCUACGAUGGAUUUGAUGAUUGAAGCUAAGGAUAAGGAACAGGCCGUGUUCGAGUUGAUGAGAACUUUCAAACUACCCGGCCAUGAACUGUUCAACGACAUCAUCCCGCACACCCGGGAGGAUGAGAAUAAACAAUUUAAACCGCCCCGAAAAACCAAGAAGAAGGCGGGCUUUGUAGACCUUGAAGGUGCCGUUCCUCCCCCUCGAACUAUUUCCGAGGAAGAUUUUGGGAUGGGCGGUCCUCACAGAAGAGUCUACUGGCCUCCCGGCAUGGAAGAAUGGCUUCGACCAAAGAAGGUCGUCCGCAAAACUACGAAAAUCCCAGCUAAAUCCAGUGUAUCCAAGAAAAAAACCGAACCAGACACGGAUGUCCAAGAAGUCGAUGAGAUCGAGAAUGGUAUGUUGGAAACGCCUAAACCGAAAGCUACCCGUCAGGUCAAAACCCAAACCCGCAGGAAACGCAAAGUAUCAGAAACUUUAUCAACAACAUCACCUUCAGAGGCAGAUGAUCAAGAUGUUUCUGAGACGCAGAACACCACACCAGCACAGAAGAGUGGUGUUCGUCGGAGUCGAAGAGCAAAAAAGGUCAACUAUGAAGAAGAAAGCGAACCAGGGUGA